AUGGGCGCCGUUGCUAAGCAAUCAGUGAACAACAUGGGGCCACGACUGCGGACCUGCGGCACAGUGCUGCUUGCAAUGAUGGGGCUCUUCAUAUGCUUUAUGCUGCCUGGCACCCAGGCGCAGCAGUCUUCCAUCACCAACUGCAUCAACGAUCCCGCCAAGGAGACCGGCUGCGAGCUGGCCAUCACGCGAAACCUGGUGCUGAACGUCAUCGCAGACGUGGCGGCAGCCAAGGAUCCCUUUGAGGUCUAUACGAAACUCAACAACAAGGACCCGCGAUAUGUGUUCAACGGCUUCUACACGUUUGUGUACGAUAGCAAGGGCAUUCGCGUGGCUCACGUGAACACCUCGAGCCUUGGCUUGGAGUUGCAGGACUCCAAUGACGACAUUGGAGUGCCAACGUACCCCAACUUCGCUGAGAACGUCCGCGCGAUUGCCAGAGCCGGGGGGGGCACCACAGAGUAUCUCUUCACGGGUGCGGGGGGUCGGCUCGGGCUGAAGAAGUCUUACAUUGGGCCGGAACUGCCAAAUGGGUAUUCCGUAGGAGCGGGGUACACCGAGAUCUCUUCGUGCCUCUACACCAACUACACUUUUUGCAGCCCGGUGGCAGCCUACGCGCUCUCCACCAACCUGGCGACCGGCCUGGAGUAUGCGCCUAAUCCGCAGACACUGAUUGACGCAGUCAACAGGCAGGUUUACCCCGGGACCAUACCGGGCGGCUUCUACACCCAGAUCUACGACGGUAACCCCGCCACUGGCUACGUUUGCAUGGCGCACGGGGCCGUCAUCGAAAAGGCGGGGAAGACCCCCCAGGAAAGCGAGGCUCCUGAUGUUGCGGCCGCGCUGACCAGUGCUUUCGAGCAAGGAAUCGCCCAGUACGUCGGUUACCUCCUUAAUGGACGGGUCAAGUACACGUGGCUCCAGCCUGUGGAGUCAGUAGUCACGGGCCGGAAGUACUUCGUUCUUGCGGGGUACUUGACCGACUCUUCCCCGGUACGGAAUGCGGACGACAGCCUGAGCCUCCCCGCGUGUCACUCGGACCCCGUCAAGGAAACCGGCUGCGAGUAUGCAGCCAUGGUGAACCUAGUGAACCUGGUUGUUGCUGACGUCAACGCAGCGAGCGACCCCCGAAAGGUGUACGAGGCCAUCAACAGCAACGACCCCCGGUAUCAGGCGAACGGCUUCUACCCCCUCGUCCUGGACGUAAACUUCCACCGGGUCGCUUACCCGAACGCGACCGGGAUUGGCAACUCCGCCACCAAGGGCCUGUCGGCCGCGCGCAUCCCGGUGUACACAAACUUCCGCGAAGUGACGCUGGAGCUCGGGAAAUCCGGGGGGGGCACUUACGAGUACAUCUUCGUGGGCAAGACGGACCUGGGGCUCAAGAGGUCCAUCGCCAAGGCGCUAACGUCGUCAUCUCGUUUCUGCACCCCGGUCGUGGCCUACACGCUGGCCAGCAACUUCGGCCGCAUCCUCCGGUAUGCGGGGACGGUCCAGCCGCUGCUGGACGCCGCCAACCAGGAGGUGUACCCCGGGCGCACCCUGGGGGGCUUCUACGUCACUGUCUACGACGCCGACCCGGCUACCGGGUUCCGCUGCCUGGCGCACGGCGACGUCUUUGCCAAGGCGGGGAAGACCCCCCUGGAAAGCGAGACGCCAGAUGUGGCGGCCGCAUUGUUGACCGCCUUUGCCGAAGGCGCCCCCAAGUAUAUUUACUAUGUGCUCAAUGGUGCCAACAAGUACACGUGGCUCGAGCCAGUACAGCAACCAGCCACCGGGAAAAAGUUCUUUAUCCUCUCGGGUUACCUGACCGGCCCGUCCUUUUGA